GAAAAGCAUGACCAGAAAAAUAGAAGCUUGGCAAAACGAGGUCCAGGAAGGCCCAGGAAACGGAACUACGGAUCCAGCGCUCUGUCGCCCCCUAAGGAGCGAGGGAAGAGUGACGGCAGGAGUGGAAAGCUCAGCAAAUCCCUGUUGCUUUCCGAAGACUCAGAAAUGGGUGAAGGGCUGGAGGAGAAGCAUCGAGGUCUUCUCCUGGAUGAGGAAGAGGAAGGAGAGAACAGGAGUGGGAAGACGAAGACCAGACACCGGAGUUGGGAUGAGCAAGACCUCUUGAUGAAUUUCUCCAGUGAGCUCAAGUUCAAGAAGAAGAAGGUGUCCUCUGAUCAGGAACAACUGGUGAGCAAGCUCGACAAAGCCCUGUCCCUCACCCGGCGCAGCAAGCUGAAAUCUCCAUUCAAGUUUGUGGAUGGGUCAAGAGGGAGGCCAAAAAAUGGCGGCUGUUACAACAACCGAUACCUGUCCCCCCACGGUGCCUUGUUUGGCAAGGAUGCCAAAAAGAACUUGGCUAAAAGCCUCAGCUUCUCCUUGAAAGCCUCUAAAGAAGGUAAAAACAAAAUGACGGUCAAAAUGAAGAAGUUGGAGGUGGGGCUAAAACUGAAAGGCCACCACCUGAAGGUUUCCAAGUCGCCUGCGAUAUCUGAAGUGAGCAGUUAUUCCUACAAUACAGAUUCUGAGGAAGAUGAGGAAUCCCUGAAGGAUGAGUGGCCUUCUCAUUCCCCGACCAGUGCCAGGAUGAGGCCCUCCGGCCUCUAUAGUGUAAUGGCCCCUAAAUGCAGCCGGAUCGCUGACAUCUUCAAAGCCGGGAAGAAGGAUGUCACCUCAACUAGGACUCUCAAAUCUAAACUGGCUGCAAAUAGAAAGCGGGAAUUUUGUUUACUGUCCAGAGAGGCCAAAGCCGGAUCGUCAUACAGUGAAUCUUCGGAGGACUCGUUCGAUCAAGAUUCUAGCUCGGAAGAAGAGGAAGAGGAGGAAGAUGACGAAGAAGAAGAAAUGGAAGGCUAUGGGGCAGUGGUCAAUGAGAGGCUUUCCCCAUCAGCUUUGGAUGAAAGUGGCUUGGGGCUCCUGGCCAGGUUUGCAGCCAGCGCCAUCCCAAGUCCCAUCAUUGUGCCUUCAGUGUCCCUCGUCCAACUGGAAGCCAAACAGAAAGCCAAGAAGAAGGAAGAAAGACAAAACCUGUUGGGUCUUGUCGAUAAGAAGAAGAAUAAAGAAGGCGCCGCCUGCUCUUCCUCCAGCUCAUCCUCUUCUUCCUCCUCUUUGCUUUCUCCUCUGGGCAUCGCCAGCUCCCUGCCAGAUCUGCGUGUCGGCUUGGCCAACUCUUUGACCUCCAACAAGAAGAACAAGGGCAAAGCCAAGACUAAAGAGGCAAAGAAGGAGACACGAGGGAAAGGCGGAGCCGUGAGCAAACUUAUGGAAAGCAUGGCCGCUGAGGAAGACUUUGAACCCAACCAGGACAGCAGCUUCUCCGAGGAUGAGAACAUACCCUUGAACCUCCUCCUGGAAAGACCGCUGACUCCAGCACCUCGUUCUUGCAUCAUUGACAAAGACGAACUGAAGGAUGGCUUGAAGGUCCUUAUCCCCAUGGAUGACAAGUUACUCUAUGCCGGGCACGUCAAAACCGUUCAUUCUCCUGAUAUAUACCGGGUUGUUGUGGAAGGUGAGCGAGGAAACCGGCCUCACAUUUACUGCUUGGAACAGUUGCUGCAGGAAGCGAUCAUCGACGUGAAACCCCCUUCCGUGAGGUUCCUUCCAGAAGGAGCACGAAUAGCUGCCUAUUGGAGCCAACAGUACCGAUGCCUCUACCCUGGGACGGUUGUCCGAGGGGUCCACGAUCAAGAGGAAGAUGUCAAUUUGAUCACUGUGGAAUUUGACGAUGGGGACACUGGGAGGAUUCCUUUAUCUCACAUCCGGCUUCUCCCCCCUGAUUACAAGAUCCAAUGUGCUGAGCCUUCUCCUGCCCUCCUGGUGCCCAGCAUGAGACGCCGCAGCCGUAAAUCCAGUAAGGACCUGGGCGAAGGCAACGGGGCAGAAUUGGAGGAACCUGGAGCCAAAGGCAAAGGGCGGGGAAGGAAGCCCAAUAAGAAGCAGAAAACAGAAGAAUCCGUUCUGGCAGAUCAGACCAUCCCAGGGGAGAUGCUGGCUACCUCUUCUCUUGGCUCGGAACUGCCAGUUUGCAAACAAGCUACCAAAAACUCACCGAAGAUCCCGAUGGAUCCUUCCAGGACUCCUUCGGCUCCGGCAGAAGACAAGCAUCACAGCAAAGCAAGCAAGGGGAAGAUUUCUGCCAAGCUCCAUAGCUCGGUUCCUGCCACUUUCCAGACACCGGUGUACGGCAAUGUCCGUGGGAACAAUGAACCCUACCCUGGACCAUUUGGCCCUUCCGGUAGUUCCUCGGGGAAGGUCAAAUCGAAGAAAGGAAAAUCCACGGAGGAGGGACAAGAAUUUGGGUCUGCUGCCAAAGCUCAGCGGAAGAUCCCAGACAAUGAGAUCUUGAUCAAGCUGGACCAUGAGGGGGUCAUGUCUCCCAAGACCAAGAAGACCAAAGAGGCCAUGAGGAUGUUGGGGGAGUCAAACCUGGCCAGCCGGAGAGAAGCCAAGAACAUCUUAGGGCUCAGCUACACUGCCAUGGCUUGUCCAAACCCUAAGCAGAAAUCUUCCCGGAGCAAGGUUGCGGAUGGAGAGUCUCCUACUAAUUUUGGAGGCAAGUUUGAGAACGCUGGAGAUCCUCCACCUUCUUCUAAGGCUCAAGAAGAUGGCGGCGAAGUGGCCCCUGCGAGGGACGAGUCGGAAAGUAGCGGUAGCAGCUCGGAUUCAGAAGGAGAAGAAGAAACGGAGAAGAACGGAGGUGGCGCUCAAGAUAGCAGCUCAACCAGUUCCAGAGCCUCCACCCCAAUUUCCUCCUCAAACUCCUCCUCCUCUUCUUCCUCCAGCAGCAGUAGCUCCUCCUCCUCUUCUUCUUCCUCCUCUUCCUCCUCCUCCUCUUCUUCCUCCUCCACCUCCUCCUCCAGCUCCAGCUCCUCUUCCUCUUCCUCCUCCUCUUCCACCACCGACGAAGACUCUUCCUGCAGCUCCGAAGACGAGGCGGCAGACACCCAACCCAGCGCCUCUUCCGCGCAACCCACCAUCCCAGCCAAGCCCACCAAGGCCUCAGGGAAGUCUCCGUCCUCUUCACAUUCCCGAAACCUGAAGCAACCCCAGCAACAGGCAGCGCAAAAGCAGCAAACGAGCAGGAACAAGAACCAGAGCAAGAAACGGGAAGGAAUCCAUUUGCCCACCACGAAAGAACUAGCCAAACGCCAAAGGCUGCCCUCGGUGGAGAACCGGCCCAAAAUCGCUGCCUUCCUGCCUGCACGACAACUUUGGAAGUGGUUUGGGAACCCCACCCAGAGACGCGGGAUGAAGGGGAAAGCCCGCAAACUCUUCUACAAGGCCAUUGUCCGCGGGAAGGAGAUCAUCCGCAUCGGAGACUGUGCCGUCUUUCUGUCAGCGGGGAGGCCCAACCUCCCCUACAUUGGCCGGAUCCAGAGCAUGUGGGAAUCCUGGGGAAAUAACAUGGUGGUCCGAGUGAAAUGGUUCUAUCACCCUGAAGAGACCAACCCUGGGAAGAAGCUCAACGAAGGCAAGCGAUGGGAUCAAAAAUCUGCCCGGACCUUAUCAGCAGCUCUUCAAGCUUCCAGCCAGAGAAAAGACUUCAUGGAGAGGGCUUUGUAUCAGUCUUCCCAUGUGGACGAAAACGACGUUCAGACAAUCUCGCACAAAUGCCUGGUGGUUGAUUUGGAACAAUACGAGCAGAUGCUGAAGACGAAGAAGUAUCAAGAUAGUGAAGAUUUAUACUACCUAGCAGGGACUUACGAGCCCACCACGGGAAUGAUCUUUAACACUGAUGGAGUCCCCAUCAUUUGCUAAACAGCUUUUGAGAAAGAAAACCGUGGGAGGCACCUCGCACCUUGUGCCUCCCUUGGAGGAGGAACGACAGACGGAAUGCAAGUUAUGUGCCUGUUGAAAACGACAGCAUGAUUGUGUAGUGCUCGGUCACAAUGUUUCCAAAAUUAAAGAGAGAGAGAGAAAGAGAGAGAGAGAAGUCUGCAAGAGAUUCUCUCCAUCCUCAACAACUUCAUGAACUCAAGAGCGAUGGAUUGGAUUCUAUGGCUCCUGAAAAGGAAUUAACCCUUUGGGAUUUUAAAGAAAAUUAAUUCUUGGACAGUGAGUCUAUUUCCAGCCUUUUGCAAUAAAGUAUUGGGCUACAGGCACCUCCAUCAUCGAUCUUUGAGUAUUGAACAUUCAUAGGUUAUUACAAGAGGCCAAUUUUUUUUGGGGGGGGAGGGAAAAUCGGCACUUUUUUUUAUCUUCAGGGUACCGGUUUUAUCUGCCCUCACCAACUGAAAGCUCAGCUUGUAGAAGAAUAUAUGGUUGGUUCAGGGACAGUUUGAGCAAAUGCCAAUCAAGAAGUGGGCUGGAUUCUUUUCCCACCCACUUCUCUAUCUCCAAAAACUGUUCUACCAGAGAACUGGUGUGAAGAAGCAACUGUAGAAGCCACCUUGACCCAUAAGAUGGUUACUGGACGAACAGUUGUCUCACUUUUCUUUUGAGUUACAAGGACUUAGAGCAGGUGGUUCAGAAAUCCAAUCACCGAAUUUCAUUUAUUCUCUUUUGCAACCCUUUCUCUCCAAACCCUUGGAAUGACAAAGGAGACUCUUUGUCCUCUAAAUAAGAGCUCAACGGACAUGCUUCUUCCCUCAUGUAAAGUGAAUGUAUUUACUCUAGGUCCCUCUUGGAAAAAAAAAACGGCUCCUCAUCAGAGGCUCAUAAAUAUUGUGGGGGAUCUAUAUUUGAGAAAGUAGGUAGGUCAUCGGCCUUGCUAUGCCCACCUCAAGAAACAUUUUAAAUACACCUUCAAUAUUGGCCAACCUGCUCUUGAGGACUACUGGAUGGUCAUUUGGAGCAAAAUGCUGAAGCUUGCGUCCUCCUGUCUCACCAUCACCAAAACUCAGCACUUGACGGACGCACGUAAGAACCGUGGGCUGGUCAUCUUGGGGAAACACCAUUGGGUCUCAUGGCAGGGUCAUCUGCCUAGACCUCAUCUCGACCAUCCAGAAACCGAGCUGCCAUCUUCUGCCCCAAAGGUGGUGAGACCUGGAGCGUUAACCACCUGCCUACUUUGAGAUGAAUGAAGAAGCCCCCCUUGGAGGUGAACCUACUGCUUGGAUGUGGACCUCAUGCAAAGCCAGAGAGGACAAUAUGGUGACCAUCACAAUGCCAGCGUUUUUGCACUUAAGAAGCCCCGCCAAACUCACACACUACAAGAGAAGACACCAGAAUUGUUUGUGACAGGGACAGAUGUACCAUUUUCAAGCACUACAACAGGGAGACGAUUUCUACCUGAACUUAACACGAGCAGAUGUUUCUUUUUAUUUUCUGCGAUGGUACAAAAUAAAUGUUUCUCUCGGAAUCCUUUCGCGACCUCUUUUGAGAACCACAUGGUGCUGCCCAGCCUUGGCUGCCUCCUCCAGUCCACCAGUUCCCAGCCUUAGGUGGACAACGUUUCUAGAAUGAGCAACGCCGGGCCUGUACAGUUUUCAUACAUCCAAAGGCUCAUGGGAGCCUUUUUUCCAACAUAUUGUAAACAAAACAAAACAAAA